CAGGACUGUCAAAGAACAGGAAGAAGUAGUCUACCGUGGAAACUACUCGCUUCUCCGUUGUCACACAGGGGUUAAAGAGUUACCUAAACUUUAUUGAGCAGCCAUGGAAACCGAUAUUAGACACGCCACCGACUCUGGUCAUCUUUAACGCCGACUCCGCGUUGUUGUUACCGAAACAACGGGAGGAAGUGGACGCGCAGGCUUUUUGUUCCGUUUUAACUAACUAAUUACUGGAGCCCGCAGGCUAGCCCGGGCUAAAGCUAACGUUAGCCUUUUUUUUGUACCACAUAUUUGCGGGGUUUGAUGUUGUUUCUUAACUCUGUGGCUGGUGUAACCUAUAGAAAGUAACAGCGUUAGGUGCUCGUUGGUAUUCCACAGGCGCAACAAGUUGUUUUCGUUCUUCUUGACUCGAGUACUUCGGCUUGUGCUUUGAAUUUCCCUCCUUUGGUCAUACACACGGGCGGCUUUGCGAGGGGGUCGCUUGGCUGUGUACCAAGUUACUAGCAGACCUGUGCUGAUUGUGGCUAACUAGCUGAGAUACUGCCACUGAACCUUUGGGGAUACACUUUCCCACCCAAGUUAGACGGCGUUGCUGGGGAGAACGCCCGCUACAUGUGUCAAUCUGUACGCCAAAUUCAAGGAAACGGAGUAAUUUACCAAUAUGGAUCAGAACACGGGAAGUUCAGCUUCAUUUGCUGGAUCCAAGAAAGAGAAGGAUAGGAAAUCAAAGAAGAAGGACAAGGACGAGGAUGGAGAUGGGAAAAAGAAAUUUAAUCUCAAACGGCUGAUUCCAGAUGAGUUGGAGCGUCUCACCAGUAUGAGAACAAAAAAGGACAAGGAAAAGCCUCUCCCUCCAAAUCAGCGACACUCUUCAGCUGCCAACUAUGAACUCUCACCUCAAAGCGCUAUGCUCCAUGAACAAAGUGAUGAAGAUAUCCUGGCACUCUUCGAAAAGAUGCUGGUGGACAUGAACCUGAAUGAGGAAAAGCAGCGGCCGCUGAGGGAAAAACACAUAUCGAUUAAACGUGAGAUGGUCUCCCAAUACCUCCACACCUCUAAAGCUGGACAAGACCAAAGGGAGAGGUCCAAGUCAGCAGUAAUGUACAUCCAGGAGAUAAAGAUGGAGUACAGAGACCCACAGCAGCUGCUUAGCUGUCUGGAGUCUUUGAGAGUCUCACUGAAUAACAACCCUGUCAGUUGGGUGCAGAAUUUUGGAGAUGAAGGCCUCAUGCUGCUUUUGAAUCUACUGAAACGACUUCAAGACGAGAAAGACGAUAACUCCCAAUCUAGAAGUAUGGGAUACAAAUGUCAACAUGAGAUCAUUCGCUGUCUGAAGGCCUUUAUGAAUAACAUGUAUGGUAUAAAAUCCAUGUUGGGGACGGAAGACGGGAUUCGUCUUCUAGUCAGAGCCAUGAACUACAAGGUGCCCAACAUGAUGGUGGAUGCUGCCAAGCUACUUUCUGCCAUCUGUAUUUUCCAUCAUCCUGACAACCUUCACGAUCGUGUUUUGGAGGCCAUUACAGAGGAAGCUGAAAAACGGGACGCUGAGAGAUUUCAGCCUCUUAUAGAUGGGAUGCAGAGUAACCACAUUGGUCUUAAGAGUGGAUGUAUGCAGCUGAUCAACGCCCUAAUCAGCCAGGCAGAGGAACUGGACUUUAGAAUCCAUAUUCGUUCUGAACUCUUAAGACUGGGAUUUAGAGGACUCCUGAGUGAGAUCCGGGGGAUAGAAAAUGAGGAGCUACAGGUCCAACUCACUGUGUUUGAUGAGCAGGCUGAAGAUGACUCAGAUGAGCUCAGAGGACGUCUUGAAGACGUCCGCAUAGAAAUGGAUGAUGUGAGGGAAGUGUUUGACAUCCUGGUCAACACAGUGAAGGAUUCCAAGGCUGAAAGUCACUUCCUGUCCGUGAUGCAACACCUGCUCCUGAUCCGUAACGAUUAUUUGGCCAGGCCUCAGUACUACAAGCUGAUAGAUGAGUGUAUUGCUCAGAUUGUGCUACACAAGAAUGGGUCAGACCCUGACUUCAAGUGCCGCAAGCUCUGUGUUGACAUCGAAGGUUUGAUAGACAACAUGGUGGACAAGACCAAAGUGGAAGUCAGUGAGGCCAAAGCAACAGAUCUGGAGAAGAAGCUGGAUGCAGAGCUGACAGCGCGCCACGAGCUGCAGGUGGAGAAGAAUAAACUGGAGAGUGAUUAUGACCAAAAGCUGCAGGACCUGAGCCAAGAAAAGGAACAACUGGCCUGCGCCAAACUGGAGCGAGAAAAGGAGAACCAGGGUCUGCAAGAACAGCUAGGCUCUUUACAAAACCAGAUUGAAAAGCUGUCAAAGGAUCUGGAAGAAGCCAAAACAAAGGUGGUUACGGUUACUGUUCCUGUGCCAACACCCGGUGUGCCACCUCCUCCACCCCUUCCAGGACAGUCUGGAAGGGGUGUUGCACCUCAAACUUCGCCUGUACCAGGCCAUGCAGCUAUACCUGGUCCAUUUCCUCCCCCUCCACCCCCACCUCCUUUACCUGGGAUGCCAAGACCUCCACCUCCUCCGCCUCUUCCCGGCAUGCCAGGACCUCCACCUCCUCCGCCUCUUCCCGGCAUGCCAGGACCACCACCGCCUCCGCCUCUUCCCGGCAUGCCAGGACCACCACCGCCUCCGCCUCUUCCCGGCAUGGGAGGACCACCACCUCCUCCACCCUUACCAGGUGGUCCUGGUAUUCCUCCUCCACCCCCAGGACUAGGUAUGCCGCCACCUCCACCAGCAAACUGGGGUCCUUCUGCACCACCUUCAUUACCCUUUGGGCUCCAGCCUAAAAAGGAAUACAAGCCAGAGGUCCAGUUGAAGAGGGCUAACUGGAGUAAGAUUGGAGCUGACGACCUGAGUGAGAGCAGUUUCUGGACCAAGACCAAUGAGGAACAAUUUCAGAGCAAUGAACUGUUUGCCAAACUCACAUUAGCUUUCUCAUCACAAACAAAGCCCAAGGGUGUUAAAAAAGACCAGGAUGGUGGACAGGAAAAACAGACACAGAAGAAGAAGGUGAAGGAGCUAAAGGUUCUUGAUUCGAAAUCUUCACAAAAUCUCUCAAUUUUUCUGGGAUCAUUCCGUCUUCCUUACGAGGAGAUCAAGAAUGCAAUCUUGCAAGUCAAUGAGAAGAUUCUCACAGAGUCCAUGGUUCAGAACCUGAUAAAACAGCUUCCGGGUCCUGAGCAGCUAAGUGUUCUUGGAGAGAUGAAGGAUGAAUACGAUGAUCUGGCUGAGUCUGAACAGUUUGGAGUAGUGAUGUCCAGUGUGAAGCGACUGAUGCCACGGCUUCAGGCCAUCCAGUUCAAGUUGCAGUUUGAGGAGCAGCAAAACAACAUCAAGCCAGAUGUGGUGGCUGUGACGGCUGCCUGUGAAGAGCUCAGGAAUAGCAACACAUUUGCCAAGUUGCUGCAGAUCAUCCUUCUAGUUGGGAACUACAUGAAUUCCGGCUCUCGAAAUGGAGCCGCAUUCGGCUUCUCCAUAUCCUAUUUGUGCAAGCUGCGCGACACCAAGUCAGCUGAUCUGAAGCAGACGCUGCUCCACUUUCUUGCCGAUGUUUGCACUGAGCAGUAUCCUGAUGUCAUGAAAUUUCCUGAAGAGCUUAUUCAUGUGGAAAAGGCCAGCAGAGUUUCUGCAGAGACGAUUCAGAAGAAUUUGGAGCAAAUUGGGCGUCAGAUCAAAAGUCUGCAGAAAGAUCUGGAAACUUUCCCUCCUGCACAAAAUGAAAAUGACCAUUUUGUGGAAAAGAUGUCUAGUUUUGUAGCCUACGCUCAAGAACAGUAUGAGAAAUUGGAUGGGAUGCAUAAAAAUAUGGAGAAGCAAUACACUGAACUUGGAGACUACUUCGUCUUUGAUCCAAGAAAAAUGUCAGUGGAGGAGUUCUUUGGAGACCUCCACAACUUCACAAACAUGUUUCAGCAAGCGGUGAAAGAGAACCAGAAGAGGAAGGAAGCUGAAGAGAAGAUCAGGAAGGCCAAGCUGGCUAGAGAAAAAGCAGAGAAGGAGAAAGAGGAGAAACUGAAAAGAAGCCAGCUUCCUGACAUCAACGCAGAGGGUGAUGAAACUGGUAUCAUGGAUGGCCUGUUGGAGGCGCUGCAGUCAGGUGCUGCUUUCAGAAGGAAGCGAGGACCUCGACAAGCAGCCAACCACCGGCGAGCUGGUCAUGCAGUGACCAACAUCCUGGCCAAAGAGCUGAUGCAGGAAGACACAACUUCAUCUGGUAAAAGCCCCAAAAAGAAGGCAAAGUCUGAAAAGGAGGAGCCAAAACUAGAAGACGCAGAAUCCUUGGAGGAGCUACUGGACCCUCUUUCCUCUCGGUCUAGUUAGGCCUCCAAGUACAGAAGUUAAUUUUUUUAUAUAUAUAUAGUGGUAUUGAAAACAGAUUUUUAUCCAAUCCAGGGGCCAACAGCAACAUUGUAUUAUUUUCCUGAUCCCUUUGCUUGCUUGGAUUAUUUUCAGGAUUUCUUUCCUGUUCUGGGUUAGAGAGAGGCAGAACCAGAGGGCCAGCCUCUCGCCUCAGCAUCAGCUUCUGAAUGUUUGCCAAUUUCUUUCAUCAGCAUGCACCUAAAGGUUAAAGUUUUGAUCAAAGGGUGUUCCCCAAAGACUUCGUCAGGACUGAAUCGCCUCCUUUUAUUUCAUGUCAGCAAUUUCCUAUCAGAAAUUACGGCUUAUUUCCAGGAUGUCUGUACAAUAGAAACUUUCUAAUUUCUUUCCCCAACAAGGUAAAAAGUACUUCUUUGUAACAUUUUGCGAUACUGUGCGUCUGUAAUACUUUGUCCAUGUGUUUUAUUGAAGUGCCAACGAGUCUCAUAAUUUCACUUGCAAGUGUAGUUCCCACUGAAGAGAGCAUGUGGACCAGAUCAUUACGCUUCACCCGAGUUUAUCUUGUAGACACGAUUUAUCUCAGUGGUGUGCAUCAAAUGGUUAUUUUGUACAAAUAAAAAUGUAGACCAUAACCUACACUGUAAUGGGGAGUGAAUUUACAUAGAAACCAAAAAUAUUUUUCAAAGUGUGGUUUCAUACAGACAUACUGUAGCCACAGUAGUUUGCAUUCCUCUGUUUUUUUUGUAUACAAGAAAAACUUGAGUGUGAAAUUAUCCACUUAUUUUUAGUUUUGUGUGCACAAAUCUGUGUGUGUGUGUUUGCUUGCAGGUUUCUGUGUUGGCAUGCACAUGUGUGUUGCCAUCUGUAAUUACUGUACAAUACCAACCGGGCUGUCAUGAAUGAUGAUCUUGUGGUCUUUCUGCUGAGAGUAUAGCACACUGGAAAACAGCCCAGAAACUGCUGAGACAAGUAUCUGUGUUCACUUGUUAGUCUGUCUGUUCUCCCACUGAACUGCAGCCGUCGUCUCCGGAUGUCUGGCCUCGCUCCUGCAGCCCUCGGCAGACAUGUUGCCAUGAUGUUUUGGUGUAAGACCUGACAGGAAGCACGCCAGGUGAUGUCAGCUGCUCAAUGCAGCGUCUCCUCCUAUGCAAAUCCUUCAGUGUAACCUGCAGCCCAGCUCUUUAUAAGUCAGUCAGUGUAGCACUGAUAUGGUAUGUUCUGUAAAAAUGAAUGUUUAUUACUUUUUUUCUUUGUUUAUUUUGGGAGAAAGUGGCACUUAAAGGUCAUGGAACGGAUUCCAGUGAAGCACUAGAGGUGUGGUAAUGUCUGAGCCUGGGUCCUAGUGCUUUAUUUUAAUCUUGAAACGCAGGAAACAUCCACCUGCACAAAACAUCUCGUUGCUGUAAUUAAACCGAUGUAACUGCUGUGUUAAUGAUUAUGUGUUCAGGUAGGCAGCACUAGAUUGUAAGCUUCCAACAAUAGGAACAUCAGAACACCACUGGAAUAUUCUGGCUGAGUUAUUUCUUUUUCUGUACUUUUUUUUUUUUUGUCCUUCUAUAACAUAUAUUGUUCCAAAUAAACUUUUACAAUAAUUUUAAUGACUUACACAAUAAGAAAAUGCACAUUCCUUCUGUAAUUUUGAAUUAAAAUGUCUUAAAUUAAA